AUGACUGUGAAUGUUUGGAAAAUAUUUUUUGAUUGUAGUCAAUUAUCUUGUAAUACUUCUGCUUCUCGUGCCUUUUGUUUAAACAACCAAAAUGAUUCUGAUUCUUCCUCAAUUUGUUCUGGAAAAAGUUUAAAAACAAAUAAAUCAGCUCUGCUUAAUUUAAAUUGUGAAAAUGAGCUUUUUUGGGAGGAUGAAUUUUCUAAUGAAAGAGUGAAUAAUAGGAGGGAAUUGGGGGAGACUGAGGAAAUUGUGGAUGAUGAAGGCCUUUUUAUCUUUCGCGAAAGAGAAGGAAGUCUUGGAGGUCUUUCCCAACUUUCUGCAAUGAAAAAUCUUGAAAAAAUGUUUUCAAACGAUUGGCUCGAUAAAAAUACAAAUGAAGAGGAUAUUGAGGAUGGUGACAGUUUAGUUGACAAUGCUUUGGAUAAUCUACGUGAAUUAUCCUCACUUGAUGAUGUAGCUAAUGCUGCUUGUUCUUGCUCUUCAUUUGUAAAUACUACACAAACAAAACAAGAUAAUUUCAGCAAUAAAUCCAGAGACGAGCCCCGACUUCCAUUUACAGCUUACAAAAUUGUUUUACAAAAUGAACUCUCCGAAAGCUCUUCCUCUCUUUGUGGAGGAAGUACACGUUCCGACAGAUUUGGACGUUAUUGCUGUCCAUCUUCUCCGCAUAGACAACAGAGAAAAAGAUUGGAAGCUGCUCCUGUCUGCACUUCUCAGGGUUUAUGGGAACUAACUAAAAGUGAUGGCAUAAAUUCUCGCUCAACGUCCGAGAAGCAAUGCUUAGAACUUUAUAGAAGGAAAGAAAGGAGUAACAACAACAAUAAUAAUAAUCAACUUGGUCCAAUGGUUGAUAGUAUAAUAAGUAUUAAUUCCCACGCUUCUUCCUCAAUGGCAACUUCCUCUUCUGCUCAAAUCCAAAUGCCUAAUUCUGGGGCAAUGAUUGACUCAGCAAUUGGGACAGACUUUCAAUCAAGUGCUGAUGAUGAUGAUUGGAAGGAACAAUGCUUCGAGGAGGGGGAAACUACUGAAAAUGUUAAUACACGUCCGAGAACGAAAAGUGGCGUUUUUAGAAGGUAUGGCGGCGAAGUUGAUUCAAGUAAAGGAAUUGUUCUACGGCCUCUUUCAAAAAUAAGUGAACAACAAUCAGCAACGGCAACACCGGUAAAGAAAACAACAACUUUAGCAAUAACCAAAUCAAACAGUAUAUCAACUUCAUCUUUGGAUGGGUCAGAAUCGAGUUUGGAAUGGUUUUAA